AAGUACUUAACCUUCCCAUCGUGCAUCUUGUUUUUGUAGGCUCGGCUUUAUGUUGCUUUUUCAAUUUUGACCAUACUUUAAAGUCUAUUCUGUAUUUUUAAGUAUAAAAUAAUCUGUCUGACGAUCGUCAUGGCUGUUGAACGCCAAUUUCCUUAUUCAGGCUGUUUCCUAUGGAUCUCUGUCUUAAUUGUACUUGCUGCUUUUGGAGAAUGCACCUCCGGUAGAAGGUUAGGUGAACCUUUGGAAGUGGAAGUUGCUGGUCUUCAGAUUCCUUUAGAACAUUCCUUUGAGCUAGAUGACAGCAUUGAUUUCAAGAAUCGAGCUGUGAUCCAGCUGAAACCCAGUCGAGAUACUGGUAUCAUUCAGUCUCAGAAUCAGCUGACAGAGGAAGAGCGUAACAGACUGAGGGAAGUGGCCUCAGUAGAUGGCUUAUACAGAAUUCGAGUCCCAAGAUUUUCUGCUCAGAGUGGGAUGACAGGUGGCUAUGUUUCCUCAUAUGUUCGAGCUUGCUCCAUGAUGGAAUCUCAUCUAUCUGAUGUCAUAACAAUAAACACUGAUAUUAGUGGAAACAUCAUUGGUGUUUCCAUAGUUACAUUGCCAGGAUCAUGCACAGGAUCGGAAGUGGAGGAUGUCGAUUUAGAAAUGUUCAAUACCACAUUGAGCAUUAUGGUUCCCUCAUCUGCACCUGUUCCAGAAACAGCUUUAUUUAUUGAACGUAUGGAACAGGAACAAGCACAAAAAGCAAAAAAUCCACAAGAGCAAAAAUCAUUUUUUGCUAAAUAUUGGCAUUACAUUUUGGGUGGGGCAGUAUUUCUAAUGGCCACGAACUCAGCAAAAGUGCCACGAAAUUCUGGAGAGCGAGCUUAAAAUUCAAGAGAAGUAAUGAUCUCUGUGUUCUGUUCACUUUUGGAUGUAUAUCAUUCCUUUAGGCCUUUUCCUUAUGAUGUCAGGAACUCAAGAUCAGGGACAGGGUGGUGCUGGAGGAGGAGCCAAUGGUGGAGGACGAUGAAGAAUGCUUGUUAUCAAUUUGUUAUAUAUUUAGUGAAGGAACUUUAUUUAAACUAAAUUGUAAAACAAACUCUUGUAAAUAUACCUACUUUAAUGACACUUUCCUAAAAUCAGGACUUUUCGAAUAUGCUUAUGCCUUUACUAUAUUAGACCUGCUGUUUUGCUAUUCUAUGGUAAAUUCUGAAUGACAUUUAUUAAGUCAUGUCAGUGCCUGCAUUGAAGUGGAAUUAUGUUCCUCUUGUAAAAACAAUUCAUAGUGACCUUUCAUCUGUGCAAAAGAGGUAGUUACAUAAUAAUAUAAAAUAAUACUAAUAUAAAAUAGCUUUUGUUGUUUUAAAGCUAUAAAACAUCCCAUUGCAUUAGCAUGUGAUUAUUGUUACAGUUUACUUAAUGUGGUCAUUAAAAUGUGUACCUCAUUGAUUUCAGUGUAACCUGCUGUAAUAAGCAGUAAAGUGAUUAGUUUUGUUUUAGAAAGUAGGUAACAUUAACUUAUUUUAAAGCAAGCAGAAUAUUGCCUGAAAUUAAGCUGCUGUUAGAAACUUGUCAUUGGUAGUAGUCACAGUUUACAUAAAUAAAAUCAAGCUGUAAGUCAAGUGGGGAUUAGCAGUAAAUUUAAAAGUAAGUAUACAAACUUUUUCAAGAAAUAUUACAGUUAAACAUUUGAAAUUAGUGCAAUUUUUACUACUUUUGUAUAAAUGUAAAAUGUCAUGGAAUU